CUGCCGCCGCCUCCGCCAGAGUCGUCGCGCCUCUGGCUCGACACGCGCCGCUGCUCCUCCUCCGACGCCGCGCUCAUCCGAGCUGCCUUCGACCUGCCGCAGCCCUGCACUGACCCCUUCUCGCUGUGGCAUCCGGCCCGCUUCGAAGACUUCUUCGAGCCGCGUGACGCGGAGUCACUUGGGUGUGCGGAGCCGCCAGCAGGGGCUUGGGGGCAGAGGGGCUCGCUCGGCGGCGCCGGAAUCCCCGACGGCCGACCCGUCACGCUGCUGGUCUGCCACCUCCUCGUGAUCGAGAAUCCAGGCUGGCGGCCCUGGGCUCGCUCGGCCGGGCUCGGUCGCGGCAGCAAGCAGCGGCGGCGGGGCAAGCUCGAGAGCAAGCGCACGCUCGACAUGCAGCCGCCCGGCGUCCUCUCGGAGCAGCUCGCCGUCGUCGUCGUCGGCGACGACCUCCUAGUCUCCGCCGUCCGCUCCGCGCGCAGCGGGAGCCGGCUCGACGAGCUGCUGUCCGAGCAGCGCCGCUGCUUGCAGGAGCGGCUGCAGGAGCGGCGGCACUCCACCGGCGCCCGCUUCCUCUGCUGGAGCCUUGCCGACGCCGUCGUCCGUGAGCUGGGCUACGCGCAGGUCGUCCUCAACGAGUGGGUCGAGGAGCUCGACGAUGCAAUCACGACACGCCCGAUCAGCGACCACGCGCAGCACCUGCACGACCUCCGCACUGUGCUCGAGAAGGUGGUUCGCGCGACGGCGCCGCUGGUGCAGGCGCUCGAGGACGGGGCUGGCCAGCCAGCAGCGACGCCGGCGCACUUGUGGCAGUCGCUGAGGGGCGAGCUGGCGGCGGUCAACUCGGAGAUCCUCUCGCUGCAGACGAGGGUGGCGUCGCUGCAGCAGUACUUUCGGCAGGCGGUGGAGGAGCGGCACUCGCGCGUGCUGUACGUGCUCACGCUGGUGACGGCGCUCUUCGUGCCGCUCCAGUUCCUGACGGGCGUGUGGGGCAUGAACUUCCGGGUCAUGCCCGAGCUCGAGUGGGAGUACGGAUACGAGAUGUUCUGGUGCUGCGAGCUGCUCAUCGCCCUGCUCGUCUUCAUCUUCUUCCGCGCCUCGGGCCUCCUACAGCUGAGCUGACGCACCGCUUUUCCUUGGACUUGGAGCAGUUGGCAGCCUCACACCCAGGGCCGGGGGCUAAGAAGCGCGCACCCAGUUGGCCAGAUGAUUGGUAUCGGGCUACGGGCAAGAGAGCCCUGACCCCUAGGGCUAGUUCCAUUUCACUCUCUGACACGCUAAUCUUG